AUGGAUUCCCCCAGCAAGUCGGACAAAUUCGUGCAAGAAGACCCACUCACAAUUGAGCGUGAUGGUAUGCCACCCGAGAUCUGGGACGAUAUGGUCAAGAACGAGCGGUUCAUCUACUUGUCACUCAUAUUUCUCAAUGGAUCCGUGCUUUGGGCCUUUUACUCGUGCCUCAGUGCUCAAAACUUUUACACGGUCGAGUUUCCAGACUCCGGACUCGACUUUUCCUUCUUGACAACGCUAUGCACGGCUUGGCCAAUGGUCUUAGGUCAGGGCCUUCAAAUGGUCUUUGGGCUCGACAAAAAGUAUAGUCCACGCCUACGGGUGCAUGUCGGCUACUGCAUCUUUAUGCUCAUGGCCAUUCUCAUCAUGGUCUUCAGUGCCAUCAAUUUCUCUAGUCAGAAGACCGGUGGAAUCCUCGUCCUCAUCUGCUUCGGCUGCAUCGGGUUUGGUAACUCGCUGUCUGAAGCCACGUACUACACAUUUGCCGCUCUAUUUCCAAUCGAGAAAUUCACAAACGGCGUGCAGAUUGGUAAUUCCUGCGCUGGAAUUCUCAAUAUCACCGUGGCCACAGUGCUGCGGCUUGCAGUUGGAGGCGUGAACUUGACCAGCAGCUCCACGAAACUGAGCUUUUAUCUGUUCUUUAGUCUAUUGGUCAUUGUGCUGAUAUGUGCUGUCCUACUGUACCGCUACUUGACGAAUUUACCGUCGGUCAAAUUCCUCAUGGAUCGCAACGAAAACUGGGCCAAGGAAGAGCAGCUGGCAAGCCAAUCGGUUGGUGAUACACUGAAGAACCUAAGCCGCAUCUUUGGCAUCAUCCGGGUGCCUGCGAUCACGCAGUUUCUCGUCUUCUUCGUGUCGCUCUCCGUCUUUCCAGGUUUUGGUUGCGCGGCGUCGCGGAAUCUGUACCCGCCGUUCACUGACGAAGCCCACGACCUCACAGCUACAUGGUAUUGUUCUCCAGGCAUCAUUGGCAGCUACAAUUACGGCGAUUUCAUCGGUCGCAUCUUGUGUACGACUGCAGUGUACCGCAUAGUGACGAUGGAGUGGGCGUUCAGCCUGUCGGUGCUCCGCAUCGCCUUUAUCCCGCUGCUACUUAUGGGCGUAGCCGGCACGUCGUUCUAUGCGUUCCCGUUUGGCAGCAUGAGUGCAUUGGCUUUUAAUAUUGUGCUUAAUGUAUGCAUUGGUAUUUCGACAGGUUUACUGUCGACUGUUACAAUGGGCGUGGCACCUCGUAUGUUGCAACCUGAGGAUCGUGAAUCAGGUGGAGCCAUCAUGGUAUUUUUUCUAUUUCUAGGGAUUUCCACGGGUUCCACUUUUGGGUUUCUUGUUAGUGAUAAUGGAUGGCUUGGUCUAUAG